AUAAAGUUGGUCUAUGUUGUGGUUAUAAGUACAUUCUGAACGUUGUUUUUGGUAUUUAUUUAUCGUGUUUAUGAAAAGUCUUUGCUUCUGCUGAGUUCAAAAAUUAAUGGAGACCGUAAAAUACAGGCAUGGACAUAGUAGUAAAAAGGAGGUUGAAAAGAGGAGAGAUAGUGACGGUUCAAAACGGCACAAAUCCAAGAAAAAGAAAAAAGAAUACAAGAAGAAAAAGAGCAAGACGUCAAGUUCUGACAGCGAUUCAUCAGAAAGUGUAUCAUCAGACGAUUCCGUCAAGUUUUUAAAAAGGCUCCAUGAAAAACAGAGACAUAUUAUGGAAGAGAAACGUCGCCUUAAGGAAGAGAUGAAAGCGAAGGAGACACCGGAGGAAAAGCGGAUACGCAGGCUUAUGAAAAAAGAAGCGAAGGAAAGGGCAAGGAAGCAGCGCAUGGGCUGGGACAAAGACUACCUGCAUUACACCAAUGACGACAAUCCUUUCGGUGACGCUAACCUCCUCUCGACAUUCGUCUGGUCUAAGAAACUCGCCAAAGAAGGACUUACAGGUAUGACCAACGACGAUCUGGAACGCAUCAACAGGCAGAAGCAAGAAGAGAACAAGCUCGAGUUGGAAAAGGUGAAAAAGAGGAGGCAGGAACGCGAACAGGAAAGGCAGGAGCGCGAGGAAGCCAUGAUGCGACAGCAACGUGAAAAAGAAGCGGCUCAGUUUGAAUCUUGGGCUACUCAAGAGGACCAGUUUCAUCUUGAACAAGCCAGGCUCAGGUCGAGAAUAAGAAUCGCCGAUGGAAGAGCAAAACCAAUUGAUUUACUCGCCAAAUACAUAAACUCAGAAGAGGAAGUGGAUACUGUCGAAAUGCACGAACCGUAUACGUAUUUAAACGGACUGACGAUCAAAGACCUUGAAGAUCUCGUCGAAGAUAUCAAAGUUUACAUCAAGCUCGAGCACGGCAAGAACCUCGAUUAUUGGAGCGAUAUUACAGUCAUCGUCGAGGAUGAACUUUACAAGCUUAGAAAGCUCGAAAAGAAAUCGGACUAUGAGGCCGCAGUGGGUCGUCGCGAAGGCAUCCAUGAGUCCGUCGCCGAUGAAGUCACAUCCGUCUUUAAAGGAAAAACGGCUGCUCAACUCGCAGCCAUGCAAAAGCAAAUCGAAAAGAAGAUUAACGAGCGAGAAGGCAUUGAUAUCGGCUACUGGGAAUCACUUCUGUCACAGCUUAAAGCUCACAUGGCAAGGGCAAGAUUGAGAGACAAACAUCAGGAAAAUCUCAGGAAAAAAUUGGAGCUUUUAAAAGCAGAACAGUUGGUCGUUGAGGGUGAGUCGAACGAAACGGAAAUUAGGGCAGAACAGGAUGAAAACGAAGAGCUCCAGACUGAUGUCAAAGAAGAAGAGGAAGAAGCAGAAAGCGAAGAAGAGGAGAAUCAAGGGGAAGCCAUGCUCAGGGAGAGUUUCGCAGAGUAUGAUCGAGGCCAGUAUAGCCCAAGUUACAUAGACCCAUCUGCCCUUGAGCCGGGUACGAUCAUAACGAGUGAAGAGGAUGACAACCAGAGGCUGAUUUUUGCACGUUUGCAACUCACUGGUGGCCUCAACGCACUGCCUGAACGUGCCGAGGAAGAGCAGAGGAUGCACAAUGAAGCACGCAAAGGAAUGACAAGCGACGAAGCAGUAUUUUCCGUUGAGUCGGCAUUAGAUACGCAAGUCUAUCUCUGGUCAGAUAAAUACCGGCCAAGAAAACCUCGUUAUUUCAACAGAGUACACACCGGUUUCGAGUGGAACAAAUACAACCAGACCCAUUAUGACAUGGACAACCCGCCGCCGAAGAUCGUCCAGGGGUAUAAGUUCAACAUUUUCUUUCCGGACCUCAUCGACAAGAGUUCGACGCCCGAGUACUUCCUCACCGUGUGCUCGGAGAAUCCGGACUUUUCGAUAUUACGCUUCCACGCCGGCCCCCCGUAUGAGGAUAUUGCUUUUAAAAUUGUUAACCGGGAAUGGGAGUACUCGUACAAACGCGGAUCAGGUGCCAGUUCCACAACAACAUUUUUCAACUGUGGUUCCACUUCAAGCGCUACAGAUAUAGAAGAUAAAUAAAUCAAGCAUUCGUUGUACAUUUAUGUAAAUAUUUUUUUUGUCUUAAAUAAAAAAAUAAUAUUUUUAUUCAAUUUAAAAAAAUUUCCACUCUCAUAGUAACUUGGAUCAAUUUAAUUAAGCUAAAUAAAAUUAAAAAUUUUAUGGGCACGACCAA